UGGAUCAAUACGGUCGACAGAAGUUUUAACUAUCUGGAGUGCGGAUAAAUUUUUACUGAGAGUCGUAUAGGAAUCUAUAAUCUAGUACUUUCCAAAAUACGCCGAGAGUAUUCCUGAUGGUGAAACGAGCGUUGCUUCAUCGAACGCAGCUAAAGAAAACAACAUCUAUGUAGUUGGUGGUACGAUGCCUGAAAUAGGGGGCGAUAAAUUGUACAAUACCUGUACUAUUUGGGGUCCCGAUGGAACUUUGAUAGCAAAACACCGAAAGGUACAUCUAUUCGACAUCGACAUUCCUAAUAAGAUUACUUUUCGAGAGAGUGAUUCACUCAGUCCUGGUAACUCCCUAACGACGUUCGAUGUGAAGGGCUGCAAAAUAGGUAUUGGCAUUUGCUAUGAUAUUAGAUUCGAGGAAAUGGCACGCAUUUAUCGGAACAAAGGUUGCCAAAUGCUGAUAUAUCCAGCGGCAUUCAAUAUGACCACUGGACCACUGCACUGGUCAUUACUUCAGCGUUUCAGAGCGAAUGAUAAUCAAUUAUACGUUGCCUGCAUAUCACCGGCUCGUGUUCCUUAAGCAAGUUACGUCGCAUGGGGACAUACACAGUUGACCAAUCCCUGGGGAAAGAUUCUUUACGAUUUGGAAACUCAAGAGAAUAUGGCAGUCACCGAUAUCGGUAAUUUACAGCUUAAAAUUAAAAGCGAGAGAUCCAUGAUGUAAUUAAUUUUUAGUCUCGUUAAUUUAUCGAUUUAGCCAUCUUCCUCUGUAUUUGUUGAAUUUAUUAGUAAGCAUUACUUAUUACUUCGUAUGUUUCUUUUUUC